UAAUCGCUCUUUAUAGCUAACCCUAUCAUGCUGUUAGGGAGAAAAAGGGAAACUGAAUAAUUUUCCAUAUAUUAACCUUAAGAUCGUGCUUUGCUUUUAUAAUACUGACCUUUUAGCCGGGUGCCAUCUGUCUCCGUCGGGGAAUUUCUUUAUUCUUUUAUCUCCUUUCCCCACAUCCCCCCCGGCAGCCCCACCGACCAAUUACAGAUCAAUUCUCCAAUCAAUCAAGCAAUUCAGUAGUGGACAAUAACCAGUAAACAACACUCCUUUCAAACAGGCUCAUCCAAGCUACCAUAUCCUCUAUGUUUGUAUUUUUGCCUCACGUGGAACCCUACUUAGCCAAUAGAUUCCCACCUGGACACGUGUCGCACGGAACGUGGCAUCUGAUGGUGCCGUGCAAUACUAGACGACCCCAUUAUUAAAUGCAUGCGAAUUCAGAGUCUUUUCCUUGAAAUUUGAAUGCAUGUCUUCAUUUUGAUCGGCUUUUCUUACUGUUGCUUUAUCUCUCGUGCACCCUGCAAGGAGACGAACUCCGGACCCAAGCAUGCAUGCAAAGAUUUGGAUUUUGGAGAUUCACUCAAAGCCACCCAUUCACUCCUCCUCCCUUUGAUGCCGCCUGUGAUGAAGAAGAAGCUUUUAUCAAGGCGUUGGUUUAAUUUUAUGAGAUAUCUAUGCAUGUCUAUCUACUUGUUUUGUAUAUAUUCAUUGUAUAUAUACUCUUAAUUAUAUUAUGGCCUUUUUUUUUAAUCUGUUUAGCUAAAGCACUGUGGUUUAUUUUAAUUUAAAUAUAUUUAAUCUGUCUAAGAGUAAACAAAUUAGUUAUCGAAGAUCGCUUUCACUUAGCGGAUUAAGACAACAGCUGCCAAAAAUAUCAAGCAACUUUAAUUUAAAUAUAAAUAAAAGAGUAAUAAAUGAGUAGCCUUCAAAAUCUUCUUCCUUAAUUAUGUGUCUUAAUUUUAAUUAACAAGAGAAUCCACGCGGUCUAGCUAGCUUGGGAGGAAGUUUCUUGCAGGUUCUAGUGUAGAACCCACGUUUUGUGUUUUUGCCUAGAUUUUUUUUCUUAUUUUUUAUAUUUUUUCUUUUGGACCUAUAUAUGUAUCAGUUGGUUACUACAUAUAUAAUAUAUAGCACUGGAGUUAAUACUAUCCUCUCGUCAAUACUUAUCAUCAUCCUUCCUCCACCCCUUGUACUCUGUCUCAUGCAUUUCUCUUGAUACACAAUAUUUGAAACGAAUUAAAAUCAGAUAUAUCGACCAUUAAUUACAUUAUUUUCUAGAGUGAGAAAAAGAAACACAGAAUGGGAGUUGCAGGAACUUUGGAGUAUUUCUCUGAUUUACUGAGCAAUCUCAAGAGAAGAAGGAAAAAGAAGCAGAUGCAAACGGUAGCUCUCAAAGUCAGGAUGGACUGCGAGGGCUGUGAACGCAAGGUUAAGAGUGUCCUCUCCGGAGUUAAGGGUGUUAAAUCUGUGGGCGUAGACAUGAAGCAACAAAAGGUGACUGUGACUGGGAACGUAGAGCCAAAGAAAGUGUUGAAGGCAGCUCAAUCAACAAAGAAGAAGGUAGAGAUGUGGCCUUAUGUGCCAUACACUUUAGUGGCACACCCCUAUGUUUCACAGGCUUAUGACAAGAAAGCACCUCCGAAUCAUGUUAGAGCAAUUCCGGUCACAGCCACUAUCAGCGAGACCACCAUGGACGAUAACUACACCAACAUGUUUAGCGAUGAGAACCCCAAUGCCUGCUCCAUCAUGUAAUAUUAUAUGGAGUACUGUAGAAUAAAAUGUAAAGUUGAAGGGUAAUUAAAUUAAUCGGGAUAUUUGGUGUUGAUAAUCUUGUUUACUAAAUUCUGUCGAGUAUUUGUUGUGGAUACGUGGAGGUUUCGAUAUGGCCAAUAUAGUAGAUGAAAGAGUAUGGAUCCAUCAUCCAUGGUUAUGCGACAGCUACUUCUGUAUAAUUUAUGUAGUGGUGUUUUUUUUUCCUUCCUUUUUUGCUGUGAUUGACAUUUCCAUGAUGCUAAGGCACUUCUUUUACGUUUAUGGGCAGAUGUAUCGGCCUUUUCUGGUCA